AUGGCCCUCACUGAAGCGCAAAUUCGCACCUUGACUACGGUCGAGCGUGUCGCUUCGAUUCUCUCCAUCCUGGGAGUUAUCACGAUCAUCGGCACAUUUGCCUUUUCACGGCAUUUUCGCAAUCCAAUGCACCGUCUGAUCUUCAUCAAUGCGUUUUAUAAUUUGUUUGACUUUAUUGCGACGAUGAUCGCGACAAGCGGGCCCGCGGCAGGCAACAGCUCGCCCUUGUGUCAGUUUCAGGGCUUUUGUCUCCAGAUGUUUCCUAUGGCAGAUGUCCUCUGGACACUGGCGAUGGCCUGCGACGUCUUCCUGGUAGUCUACUAUCAAUUCAAUGUGCAGGCGUUGCGCAAGCUUGAGAUAUGGUAUAUUGCUAUCAUCACAUCCAUUGUAUCUAUUCCGGCGAUCAUCUUUUUAUUCAUCCAUAGCCCGGACAAAGGGCCCAUGUAUGGUGGCGUAACUCUCUGGUGUUCGAUAUCUCCCAAUUGGGUCGUCUUCCGAAUCGUGUUCUACUACGGACCAAUAUGGUUUCUCAUCCUGAGCGUGUUACUUUUCUACAUCCUCGUCGGUAUCAAAGUAAUCAAACUGCGGCACCAGUUCAAUCUCUCCCGUACAGACCACAUCGCUCUGUCUUCCAACAUUUCCACCAGCAACCACGCCCUUGACCAGCACAAAAACACCGUCGCUGUCACUGUCCAAAUCGACAUUCAGUCCCACCCCGCCUCCCAUGUCUAUCCCUCCUCAACCGAACAGAACCCCCACUCAUCCCGCGGGGACUCAUCCUCCCACAACGCGCCCCUAGAUCAUAAACGAUCCAAGCAUUCCAACGUAUCUUUCAGACAAUACAUCCUCAUGCCAAUGGUGUUCUUUCUUGUCCUGCUGGCCACAUGGGUUGCACCCACGAUCAAUCGGUUAUCCGCCCUCGUAAACCCGAACCAUGUUUCGUAUCCGUUGCUGCUGGCUGUCGGAGCAAUGGGAUCGCUGCGAGGGUUUUGGAACGGGGUGGUCUUUAUCACACUGGGAAUGAAGGGCUGGAAGAGGGAGAUGAAGCUGAGGGAAGAUCAGCCCAAACAGCCAAGGCUUCACUCAGCGGUCCGGUAUGGCCUCACGCAAGCGCUCAUUGCAGCCACCGCACUGGCUCAGCGCCGUACCAUUGCCGAGGUGAUAUGUCGCGAGUGGAGUCUCGGCUCAACUGCAGAUCAUCCCAUCGAUAUUCUCGCAUCCUGCCACCGCAAUGACACGCUCCAGCUGGACCGAAUGAUCAUGAAAAAGGCUUCGAUGCUCCCCCACGCCUCGUUUGUGCAUGUCUCCGAUAUGGGUCCUCAGGGUACACUGUUGAUGGACUACGUGAACACCGUCACUCGUCGGAUCCAAGAACGCGCUCCACCAGGCUACCACCCCCGUCUUCAUUUCGCUACGGUCCUAGGAGACAUUUCCGGAGACACCAGGCUGGCUGAUUUUCUAGGCCAGGUGAGCGCGCACGACCCUACGUCCUCCUCAGAUUGCGUCCUCCAACUGCGCAGACACUGGGCACUGUCGUUCUGGAACGAAUUCAGUAGCAGCCUCACUCGGCUGAAUAAUCCAUCCUGUACAAAUAUAGUCCAGGUGGAUAUGAAGCAAGAUUCAAACUUCCAUUCAAAUAUCUGA